CCAUUCUGUAUAUUCUGUGACAAGGUACUAGCCAAGUUUCCAUACUGUAUGUAUACUGUGGCACAAGGAAAAACCGUACUUAUUUUAUGGUGUCUGGCCAAAUUUUUUAUUGUUACAAAUUCAAAUUUAAGUAUUAAUUAAUUUCUGUAUUACCAAUUUGAUACUGAGAAUCCUCAUCAGUAAUGAAUGAUCCGAUUGAAAUUGUGAAACAUGAGGAGAGUCCACUUGAACGAAUUGACAUUGAAAUGGCAAAUGAACAUUCUUAUAGCAAUACAUCUAUUCAUCAGAUCAAGAGUGAGAAGCAAGAAGAUGGAUUUGUAGAACAUCAAUUGACAACGAAUAACAUCAAACAAGAGCCAAUAACCUUAGAGCAAGCCCCAACUACUACUCAGCUCGCUGAGAUUAAUGUUGUGGGGUUGGAAGAGUGGUUGAGGUGGCAGGCAGCACCAGCAGCCUCCCCACCACCGAUGCCGGCACCAGCAGCCUCCCCACCACCGAUGCCGGCACCAGCAGCCUCCCCACCACCGAUGCCGUCACCAGCAGCCUCCCCACCACCGAUGACGGCACCAGCAGCCUCCCCACCACCGAUGCCGGCACCAGCAACCUCCCCACCACCGAUGCCGGCACCAGCAGCCUCCCCACCACCGAUGCCGGCACCAACAGCCUCCCCACCACCGAUGCCGGCACCAACAGCCUCCCCACCACCGAUGCCGGCACCAGCAGCCUCCCCACCACCGAUGCCGGCACCAACAGCCUCCCCACCACCGAUGCCAGCACCAGCAGCCUCCCUGCCGCCGCUGGAGGGGGAGGGGAGGAGGAGGAGGAGGCACGAUUUGGAGUGGGGGAGUUGCAUAGGGCGGGUUCGCCCAUCCAGAGGGGAGUUGAGAGGGAAAGAGGCUAUGGCCGAGGACAGCUCUCACAUGCGAUGUUGAACCGACAACGUAGGAGGGUCGUCCGCAGACUGAGGAUGAUAGCCCCCUUCCCCCCAACUCCUUUUCUGUACAUGGGCUGUCAAGAGAUUUUAUCAAGAAUAUUCAAUCGAACCAGAUUAGUAUUCUUGGUAAGUCUCAUGGUAAUUGAGCAGAACCUGCUCAAUUAUGAGCCCCCCACUCCGGAGCAUCGGAGGUCUCUGGGAGUCUUCAUAAGGAUAGUGGGUACGAUAAGAGUGGCAGCUCAACAUGAGCUUAUCACCCCACUACUCCUGCGGGUGGACAGACGGCCAGCUCUAGAUCAGAGGAUUGGAGAUCUAAAGAUUCAUUAUCCAUUCCUUGAUCUAGAGCUGGCUAUGCUGAUCAUCCAGCAAGAGCGACACCAGAGACUCCGGGUGCGACGUACCUGUAUGGAGAGUAUUUUUGAAUUUUUGGAAAUGUGAAAAAAUACUCUCCAUACAGGUAUGAAGUGUAUAUUCUUAUUAUAAUAUUCUAUAUGUAUAUUCUAUACUCUAUAUUAUUCUGUAUUAUACUCUAUACUCUGUAUAUUCUGUAUUUCUAUGUUCUAUAUUCUAAUAUAUAUUAUUAUAAUUGUCACGUGGUAUUUUAGCACCACAAAAUAUUUUGAAAUGAACUGGUGAAUUUUAAUAGAAUUAUAAAAUGGAAAAGAAAGUUAACCUAGUCGAGGAACCACUCAAAUAAAAUCGAAUGUUGUUAGCGAUAAAGAGUAAUCAUAUUAUCUAAAAUGAUAAGGAAAAACAUGCAUAACUGUGAUUCAACAACUAAUGAGAAUCCAUUGGCAGAAUUAAAAAUUAUAAAGCGGCUUAUUUAUUACUGGCAGAUCAUAAAAAAUAACAGUUUGCACGUACAUUGAGGUUAGAAUUAUUUGUUUACACUUUUAAAUGAAUCAAUCGAUCUAGAAUAAAUCGAUAGUUAUUUGAUUCAAUACCUAGCGAAUCAGCUGAUUGUUCGAGCAACCAGUAUAGGUUGAAUUAUAAAGUUUACUCACAAAAGAUGUAUUAUAUUAUAUAUAUUAAGGAAGGUUUAUGUAUAGAAAUACGGACAAUUAUUAUUGCUGUAUAAAUAUUUAUUACAAUCUAAAAAAGCACGAAAAUCAAGAGUAUACAAAACUCAUAUAAAAAACUAAAUGUAUAUUGUUUGUUAACAUCAUAUAUCACGAUUUAUUUAUCAAAAUAGUUUAAGACAAUCACUCCAUAUAUUUAUAUAAAAACUUUUAGUUAUUUUUUCUAUUAUAAAGUUGAAGAAGCCCUGAUUCUGAAGCAACCAAUUGUAUUGAGUUUACUAAAUUAAAAGCCAAUCAAAAAGAAGCUUACAAAUCGUUCAAGGAAGAGAUAAAAUUUUUCUGAAAACCACUUUCUUCUGGCUUGUGAUCUCGUUCUGAGAGGAUGCACAUGGAGUUUAGGGUUCUUUCUUCCUUUAAAUUUUUAAAUUAUCAAGCCUAUCCCUCUUUUAAAUGUGAAAUAUUUGUGAUUAAUGUUAAAUUAUCUGUGAACUCAGUGUUGUUGAAGAGUUCUUAAUUGCAAUCAAUUCCCAUAAAUACAUUUUAAUACGGAAAGUAAUCUAUAAGAAAUCGGGACCACGCGCAAGCCCAGCAGAGACAAAAAGGACCUGCAUAAUUAAUUAUUGGAAAUAAUUAAUUCAAUCUACAAGACCGUCAAGAACAUCAUUAAUGUGAGUGGUAGAUCAAACGAGCUCGUUAUAAGGCCUUUCUGUUCAUAGUUGGGGAAUAAAUCAAAGUGCAAUAUAUACAAAUUAACUUAAGACAAGGAAAAUUCGCAACGUGUUGAGUGCUAUCACAUAGUUUGUAAGAACGUUUUAUGAAUUUAUUUGAUCUAUGUAGGAAGCUUACUUCCAUGCAUGGCACGAACUCAUUAUAAAACCCUGAGAUCUUAUAUUUUGAAUAUUAAUUUGACAAUUAUUAUUUUGCUAAUUGAUCAAAGUAAGUCAUAUCAAAUCUAUAGACCAAACAGGUUUUAAAGGGUAGAAUUAUGAAUUGACUUGAAGUCCACGCAUCAGUAUUAAACAUAAUAUAUAUUUAUAAAUUUUAAAGCUCACUAUUGUGAAUCCUAUUAAACCUUGUGAUAAUUGUAAAACUGUUGAAGAGUUUAUAUAUAUUGGAAAUUAUAGAUAUAGAAUAUUUCAUUUAUAUAUUGUUUUAUGGGAAUAUAUUUGUGUUUUAUGUCAGCAUACAAAAUCAUAGAAUUUAUUUUAUCCUAACUCAUCUCGUGAUAUACAGUUUGAGCUGUCUUGGUACUGUGAGAAAUUUGGAUUUGACCUAAGGGUCCUUUUUAACUAGUUUUCCAUAAGGAACGGACUCACCGGUUUUAAUUUAAGCAUCGUCCCCAGACAGCAAUCCUCCGGUAGAGCAUUAGGUGGUAGUCUUCCGUCCGCCAGCCUUCUUUCACACGCGUAUUCACUAAACCGUUUAAAUCACUUCGAUUCUUCGCACACCUUUACGUUUGCAAGUCCCGAGGAGUCUAGGAGAAGAGUGACGAAAACACAGGCAGAGUUCCUUCUCAGUUGCUGGGAGAGAGUCCCGUUACUCUAGCAGAUAACGCCGAUAUUUCCCCAGGUUUGGAGGUGGGGGUACGCACCCUCAAUUGUAAAAGAGAGAACUCUCAAUGUAAGAGGAAUAGAUAAUGAACAUGGAGGUAGAGAUAAUUUGAAGAACACCUUUCCGAGAGAGAGUAAACAAUAAUUAUUAAAAAUAUAACUUGACAAACAUUUAUAAUAUCACAGUAUUGGAAUGAAUUUUUAUUAUAAUUAAAGCUGUAUGAACCGAAGAAAUAGCAGGCUGGCAUCUUAUCUAAUCGAUAUUGCUGCUCGCUACUAUCAAUUUCAGCUAUGCCAGCCCACUUAUGAAAUGUGAUGUCACAUAAAAGCCCCAAAUUUGCAAGAGGUUGAGUCUCAAGGUCUUGCCAAUUUCUCACCCAUACAGCACAUUUCAGCCCUCACAUCGGGUCAACUGCAGCAAGACUAGCCAAGCAUCUCCAACACUACACUGUUAUAUUUUAGGAUUAUGGUAGUACCCAAUGGGAAACAAUCAACCAUCAGUACAAAUAAUGUAAGCCUGGGUCCAAGCCCUUCGACUUUACAAGUGGAAUUCUCUCCACAACAAUUACAAUAAUCAGUAAAGUGGGCAACAAGCCCCACUCACCUAAAAAAAAAAAGAAAAGAAAAUCCCAAAUAAUAAUCUGGCCCGGAGGACCAAAGAAGAUGUAAUACUAAGUUUGCUGGCCCGCCAUACUCCAAUAUCUCCAACAUGACAACAUCUGUGAUGCCACAUAAGUUUGCAAAUAGCAAUUCCUACAAACUGAAUACAAUUAGAGCAUUAUGUCACAUUUCUGACUCACUUAAUUUGUCUUUGAUUUCUCCAAUUUCAAUUAAAAUUAAAUUUGCAAAUUGUA